AUGGAAGUAAUUAAUUUGCCUCCAAACUAUACCCCCCUGAAUACCAUAAAUGCAGAGGAGGCGCCACCUGAUUUUUCUACAAUCAGACAUCAAGAACUACCUAGCUAUGCACAGACUAGAAAGAAUUCGGGAUGGUCAAUUGUUAUCAAGAAUAGAUUGUUGAUUGAUGGAUAUCGAAUUUUUGUUUCUGACGAUGCUGCAAAAAAGUACAAAGCAUUCAAGAAGAAUAAAAAUAGAGAAAACCUUGCACUACAACAGCAAGGUUACGGUGUUCCUUUGUUUAAAGUGGUUAGAUCUUUUGUCCCAUUUAGUAAGAAGUUCCUAACAUUCAGAAGAUAUAUUCCAAGUAAUUUGCAUGCAUUUGAAGAAAAUAGUGAUAUGUAUGAUUAUUGUUCAGUUGCAAAAACAAGUCAUCUUGGUUAUGAUAGUUAUAUUUUUGAGUUUGUUCCUGAUCCUACAAUGCCAUGGUUAAAUUUUCGUGUUGUGAUGUUUUCCCAUUCUAUUCUUCCAAUUAGCGAUUAUUUUUUCAGAGGAAGGAAACAUAGGUGGAUCGAUGAGUCGUCAUUAUUGUCUUCAAAUACAAAACAGGAAGGAUUUACCGGUGGGUUUAGACAUACAAUUUUGAGUCCCCAUCAAGUUUCAUUAACUGAUAAUUGGGAUGGAAUGGGUGACGUAUUGAGUAGAGAGAUUGUAAAUCCAUAUCUCUCAGAUGAUUUUGAUAGAUAUUCGUCAUUGCCUUUAGGUUCUACAAACAUUGGUGGUCAGGGAAAUUUAAAACCAGAAUAUUAUGGUAGAAAUUUUUCUCGCAUACAUAGAAUUGUUCAACCAACGGUGACAACAACAUCCAAUGAGGUCAGAAUUGGAGAUGUUAAUAAUAGAAGAGAUGAUGUUAAUUACGAAACUAUUUUUUCAGUGGAUGAGGAAGAAUUAGUGAUGAUUUGCAUGGCAACAACGUUGAAAAGACAAAAAGAUAUCAAAAGAAAAAUAGAAAUGGCUGCCAAAGCAACACAAAAUUGUAGGUGA